AUGUGGGCGUGGCUUGUAACCGGAAGCGGCGGCACUUGGGGCGUGGCCAGGGCGUGGCGGGAAGCGGGAGGUGCCGGCCUUGGGUCGGACUGCGAGCGCCCCGGCCCCGAGCUCUGCUCCUUCCCCUCGGCCAACGUCUCCCUGCUGGGGGAGCACCGCGAGAAGGUGUUGCUGUACGGACAGCUGUACCGGAUCUCUGUGGAGCUGGAGCUGCCGGAGUCUCCGGUGAAUCGCGAGCUCGGGAUGUUCAUGGUGAGGCUGACGUGCUACGGGAGCGGCGGCAAAACCCUGGCAACGGCCUCCAGAUCC